AAAUGUCAGGAAUCAAGGUGGACCUAAGAGGCAGAAAGGAAGCCACGUGGUCAAGAAGAGUGGUAAAACCAUUCCUUAUGAAAGAGGGGAUUUCUGUGAAGUAAUUCACAUGAUGGAGGAAACAUACAGGUGCUUGGAGUGUGGAAUGAACUUCUCAGAUCACUCCCAAUAUUGUAUGCAUUUGAGGAUGCAUCCUAGAAAGAAGACCCAUCAAUGUUUGGUGUGUGGAAAGAGCUUCAGGUGCAGAUCACAGCUCCUUGAGCACCAAAGAACCCACACAGGGGAGAAACCUUUUGAAUGCUCAGUGUGCGGAAAGAAAUUCAGUUGCAGUUCUGCUCUUCAUCAGCAUCAAAGAAUCCACACAGGUGAGAAACCCUUUGAAUGCUUAGAGUGUGGAAAGAAAUUCCGUCGGAGUGGUCAUCUUCAGGUGCAUCAAAGAAUCCACACAGGGGAAAAACCAUUUGAAUGCUCAGAGUGUGGAAAGAAAUUCUGUCUCAGUGGUGAUCUUCAGCUGCAUCAAAGAAUCCACACAGGGGAGAAACCUUUUGAAUGUUCAGAAUGUGGAAAGAGCUUCAACUGGAGUAGCAAUCUUCACCGGCAUCAAAGAACCCACACAGGGGAAAAACCUUUUGAAUGCUCAGAGUGUGGAAAGAAAUUUAGUCGAAAUCGGCAUCUUCAGCAGCAUCAAAGAAUCCACGCAGGAGAAAAACCAGGUUGCUACUCAGACUGUGGCCAGAUCCUCUCACAGAAAUCAGGCCUUCGUCAACAGCAGCAAAGGGUUCAUUCAGGAGAGGAGCCAUAUAAAUGCUUUCCAUGUGGAAAGUACUUCAGAUGCAAAUCAGAGCUUUUUGAGCAUCAAAGAACUCACACAGGGGAGAAACCUUUUGAAUGCUCAGAGUGUGGAAAGAAAUUCAACAGGAAUUAUGCUCUUCAGAGGCAUCAAAGAAUCCAUACAGGUGAGAAACCCUUUGAAUGCUCUGCAUGUGGGAAGAAAUUCAGUCGGAGUGGUCAUCUUCAGAUGCAUCAAAGAACCCACACAGGGGAGAAACCUUUAGAAUGCUCAAUGUGUGGAAAGAAAUUCUGUCACAGUUGUGAUCUUCAGCUGCAUCAAAGAAUCCACACAGGGGAGAAACCAUUUGAAUGUUCAGAAUGUGGGAAGAGCUUCAAUUGGAGUGGCAGUCUUCUGCGGCAUCAAAGAGCCCACACAGGGGAGAAACCUUUUGAAUGCUCAGUGUGUGGAAAGAAAUUCAAUCGGAGGGGCCAUCUUCUCCGGCAUCAAAGAACCCACACGGGGGAGAAACCUUUUGAAUGCUCAGUGUGCGGAAAGAAAUUCCGUCACAGUGACAGUCUUCCCCGGCAUCAAAGAACCCACACAGGGGAGAAACCUUUUGAAUGCUCAGUGUGUGGAAAGAAAUUCCGUCACAGAGACAGUCUUCAGCGGCAUCAAGAAGCCCACGCACGGGAGAAACCUUUUGAAUGCUCAGUGUGCAGAAAGAAAUUCAGUUACAGUUCUGCUCUUCAACGACAUCAAAGAAUCCACUUAUAGGAGAAACUUUUUGCAUGCUCACAGUGUGGGGGAAAAAUUCCGUUGGAGUGGCUGUCUUCAGCUGCAUCAAAGAAUCCACACGGGAGAAACCUUUUGAAUGUUCAGAAUGUGGAAAGACCCUCAACCGGAGUGGCAAUCUUCACCAGCAUAAAAAAAUCCACACCUUUUGAAUGCUCAAAGUUUAAACAGUGGUUCUCAAAUAAACGUUACCUUGUUAAGCACCAAGGAAUUCAUUCUGAAGGGAAACCUGGCUCUCUUUAGACUCGC